AUGAAUAUGGCGGUGAAAAAUACCAUAAGCAUCCGCAAUUUCAAGGGUUUACCAAGCCUCCAUGCGAAAUAUCCUGAAAACCAAUGGGCACUGUUAGAACCAGACAUCGUGGCCAUACUGAAUAGCAAAAAAAUUUCACAUUCACUUGAAGAUAUAUACAGGACCGUUGAAUCCUUGCACAAAUCCAACUACAAUUGUGAGUCAUUCAUGCUUGACAAUUUACGAACUCUCAUCGAGACCAAUUUGCUACAAAAACUCUACGUACUUCUCGACAAAGAGGACGACUUUUUGAUGGACGUGAACGUUUUAUGGAGGAACUUUAGCGAACAAAUGAAAACCAUAAAAAAUAUAUUCAUUCUGUUUGAGAGGUCAUCGAAAUCUGGUCAACACAAUCAUGUACACCUCAUGAGUUCAACGCUAUUCAAAAACAUCAUUGUCCUAAACACAACAAUUAGAAAGAGAAUAGUUAACGACUUAUUCAAAUUGAUAGAAACGGAAAGGAACGGAAUACAAAUAGACGUGAAAUUAAUGAGAUCGAUCACGCUGAUGCUGACUGAACUGCAAACUUACACGGAAGUCUUCCACAACGAAUUCGAGAAGAUAUCGGAAGAAUUCUACGAAAACGAAGACGCGGGUUUCGAGAAGUUGAUCGAGGAUGAAAACCACGAGGAUCUGAGUCUGAUGUACAGUUUGAUAUGGAGGAUGCUUGGGGGGUACAAUCAUCUUUCUGUCUACUUCAACGAAUACGUUAUGAAAGUUGGGAACAAGAUAAUGAACUUAGCGGAUACGGAAACCAUAGAAAAUCUGCUCAAGUUCAAGGAAAAACUCAACGUUAUAAUAGAAAAAUGCUUUAUGGGUAACAAACUCAUGUACGAAGAUUUGAGGAAAUGUUUCUCGAAAUUCAUCAACAUGCAGCAAAACAGACCAGCCCAACUCCUCGCCAAAUACGUGGAUCAGAAACUGAGGGCUAAGAACAUCAAUAUGGACGAAUUGGAAAAAUGCCUAACUGAAGUCAUGGCCAUCUUUAGGCUCAUUCAAGGAAAGGACAUUUUCGAAGCCUUCUACAAGAAAGAGUUGGCGAAGAGGCUUCUCCUCGGGAAGUCUGCGAGUCAAGAUGCCGAAAACAGUAUGGUGUCCAAGUUGAAAUACGAGUGUGGCAGCACCUUCACUUCCAAAAUAGAGGGAAUGUUCAACGAUAUCAGCAUAAGCAGUGAAAUCAACUCGGCCUUCAAGCAAUACCUCAACAACUUGGCGGAAAAAGGCAACACCCCAGAUUUGUCCAUAAACAUCUUAACCAGCAGUUUCUGGCCGAAUUACCCCACCUUCAAAGUUAACCUUCCUGUGGAGUUCAUAAGUUACCAAGAGUUGUUCCAGAAGUUCUACUCGAUAAACCACAGCGGAAGGAAGCUGCUGUGGCAACCUAACCUCGGAUACUGCAUCCUCAAAGCCGACUUCGAAAACGGCAAAAAGGAACUGCAGGUAUCCCUGUUCCAAACGCUGAUCUUGCUACUAUUCAACGCGUCCGUUGAGCUCACCUACAUCGAAAUCAAGGAUUUGACCAACCUGGACGAGAAAGAACUGAAACGCACUCUUAUAUCUCUGACUUGCGGAAGGAGCAGGGUGCUACUGAAGAAACCCAAAGGGUUGGGGAUAGAAGAAACGGACAGGUUCGUGUUGAACAAACAAUUCACCGAUCGUUUGUUCAGGGUUCGCAUCAACCAAGUCCAGCUGAAGGAAACAGAGGAAGAGGACAGAAUCACCGAACAGAAUGUCCUCAUAGAUAGGCAGUUCCAGAUUGACGCGGCCAUUGUGAGGAUCAUGAAGUCCUACAAAUGCAUCAGCCACACGAAUUUGAUAAGCGAACUCUUCAACAAACUAGGGAUCCCUGUGAAGCCUUGCGACUUGAAGAAAAGGAUAGAGCUGCUCAUUGAGAGGGAAUAUAUGGAGAGGGAUAAGGAUAAUCCGGCAAAUUAUAAUUAUAUCGCUUGAGUGUUGCAUGUUGUUCAAUAAAUAACCGUGUAUAAGUCCAAAAA